AUGGGGUUUUACGACGUUGAUCAUUACAAAGUUCUUGGAUUACCAUCUGGGGUAGCAGGAACCAAGAUCUCACAGACAGAUAUUGCCAAAGCCUACAAGAAAAAGGCUUUAGAAUUACAUCCCGACAAGAGACGACCCGAAUGCCCAUCUUAUGAGAUUCUCAGGAAUGAAAAAACCAGAAAAGAUUUUGAUGAUAAUUUCGUGGUUCGUAGUAGUAGUGUAAACAAACAAGAUCAGCCGAUGAAGCGUAAACGACAACCAACAACAGCCGGUUUUGAAGAAGACGACUUAUUUGAUUGGGCGAAGAUGUCAGAUUUCGAUAGAAGAAAACGAGCCGCUGCUUUUAGGAGACGGGUGUAUGAAGUGAAAGAAAGAAACCGUGCCGCGGAAUAUGAGAAAAGAUGGAGCGAGGUCGUAUCUGAAGAAAGGAAGCGACGGGCUGCUUUUGUUUAUGGUUCAAAUCCGAAAGAGAGAAUCCUUCAAAGGAUGCAGAACAUGCCAAGAAAACGUACGUUCGUCUUUUAG